GGCUCAUCCGCUCGCCUCCCCAUUGACGUCAGUCCGGUAUCACAUGAACGUGCAGGGACCAAUCGGUGCGCCGCUGUCGGAGAGUCCUGGCUCCUUCACACCGAGAUAGGGGGAAAAGACUGAAUAAAAGGAAACCGAGCCCGUGAGCCCUGUAAUGAGCACGAAACCAACCGGAGGAGCCUAGAGCCGUCGCCAUUGGAUAUUUCUCCCGUUUUCUACUGAUUCCCACGCGCUCCUCGGUGUGGAUUAUUCUGUCUGGCACCAGGGCGGACGGAAUGGAUAAGGCCAUGGCCCUAACAUAUUGAAUAGCUCGCUGCUGGUGGUGGUGGGGGGGGGAGGCGAGACGAGCACUGUGGAGACAAUUCAUGGGGUAUUGUACUGGGAGGAAAAUGGUGGCUUAUUUGCACUGUAUCAUUAUAACCCUCGCUCGCGUGGAUAUCCUGCCGUAAAGCGCUGAUUGGUGUCUUUUCUGCGCCUGUCUUAAGCCGUGUCUUUAUUACUGAGGUCGUGUUAUAGCGGUAGGUAGGUAGGUACCCCCUCCACUUACUCCCCCCUUAAGCUCGGUCCGAACAACCUUGUCUCUUUCCUAAUUUUUUUUAUACAUGUUGGAUUUUUGAAUUGCGAAAUCUUGCCUGAGAGUAAAAUUUGGGAUCAAUAAAUAAACUGCUGGAUUACUGAACUAUGGAUUUCAACAGCGGCGGCGGCGGAGGCAACGAGCUGCACAAUAACCAGUUUUAUCAGUGCGAGGAGAACAAGCCUCUGCUGGGGGAGAUGUCGGAGGGGAAUAAUAACACCAAGCUGGGCGCAGGGCCGUGCAAGAGGACCCUGCACCACUGCAGCAGCAGUGGCAUGCGAUACAAGCUGCUCCACGAGGGGGACAUCCAGGUGUGCGUGGUCAAACACCCCCGCACCUUCCUCAGCAAGAUCCUUACCUCCAAGUUUCUGCGAAGAUGGGAGCCGCACCACCUCACGCUCACAGACAGCAGCCUGACCUCGGCCACCCCCACUGGCUACAUGGAGGCGUCAUUGUCCUACAGCUCCAUAGAGGACCUGCAGCUCCUGUCAUGGGACAAUGCUCCCAAGUACUGUGUCCAGCUCAGCUUUCCCGGAGGCACCGUCCUGCUGCAGGCUGCAAACAGCUACUUAAGGGACCAGUGGUUUCACUCCCUUCAGUGGAAGAAAAAGAUUUACAAGUACCGCAAAGUCCUAAACAACCCGAGCCGCUGGGACGUGGUUCUGAAGGAGAUCCGAGCGCUGGUAGACAUGGCUCUGACCUCACCUCUUCAGGACGAGUCCAUCCACCAGGCCCCGCUGCACAUCAUCUCCACCCUGCUGGCUGAGAACUCUAAUCUCAGCACUCAGGAUCAUGAGAACAUCAUUGUGGCCAUCGCUCCUCUCCUGGAAAACAACCACCCACCACCUGACCUGUGUGAGUUCUUCUGUAAGCACUGUCGGGAGCGCCCUCGGUCGAUGGUUGUGAUUGAAGUGUUCACUCCUGUGGUCCAGAGAAUCCUCAAACAUAACAUGGACUUUGGAAAGUGCCCUCGACUGCGUCUCUUUACUCAGGAGUACAUCCUGGCUCUCAAUGAGUUGAACGCUGGGAUGGAGGUUGUCAAGAAGUUUGUUCACAGUAUGCAUGGACCGACUGGGCAGUGCCCCCACCCACGCGUCCUGCCAAACCUGGUGGCUGUGUGUCUCGCCGCCAUUUAUUCCUGUUACGAGGAGUUCAUCAACAGUCGGGACAACUCCCCCAGCCUGAAGGAGAUCAGAAACGGCUGCCAGCAGCAGAACGACAGAAAGCCUCCGAUGCCGCUCCGCCUGCUACGCCCAGAGCCCCCCACACCGCCUCCCACUACCCUCCUCCCCCUCUCUGCCAACCCAAGUCCUCCUCAGCCACCUCCUACCGCCCCCUCAAACUCUGUACCCUCCAUCCCCAUCUCCUCCCCGACACCCUCCCUGCCCCUCUCCCCUCCCCCCUCCGUCGUCAACUCCAGCGAGAUCCUGGUGGAGCUGGAGAGAAACAACAACUCGGCCAACGCCAAGCGAAAGGGUGGGCCGUCGGGUGGAGACAGCGAACCCAACCUCAUCGACUGUCUGCUGGUCAGCCCGGCCGUCAACACUCUGUCCAUCCAGCUGCCAGCGCAGGCCGACCGCGUGCUGGGGUGCUUUGCCCUCAUUCUCAAGAUGCUGUCAGACUACGAUGACUGGAGACCUGCUCUGGCCAGCCUGCUGCAGCCCAUUCCCUUUCCUAAAGAGGCUCUUGCACAUGCCAAAUUCACAAAGGAACUGAAAUAUGUUAUUCAGAGGUUUGCAGAGGAUCCAAGGCAGGAGGUCCACUCCUGCCUGCUCAGUGUGCGUUCAGGUAAAGACGGCUGGUUCCAGCUCUACAGUCCAGGGGGCGUGGCCUGUGAUGACGAUGGAGAGCUGUUUGCCAGUAUGGUUCACAUCUUGAUGGGCUCGUGCUAUAAGACGAAGAAGUUCCUGCUCUCUCUGGCUGAGAACAAGCUGGGUCCCUGCAUGCUGCUGGCCCUGCGCGGGAACCAGACCAUGGUGGAGAUCCUGUGUCUGAUGCUGGAGUACAACAUCAGUGAGAACAAAGACACACAGCUGCAGAUCAUCUCCACGCUGGAGAGCACCCAGGUGGGACUGCGUAUGUACGAACUGCUCUGUGACCGCCAGAGAGAGCUCAAAGAACUGCAAAGGAAAGGCGGCCCCACCCGACUCACUCUGCCCUCAAAGUCCACGGAUGCCGACCUGGCCCGCCUGUUGAGUUCAGGUUCUUUUGGGAACUUGGAGAACCUGAGCCUGGCCUUCACCAACGUCACCAGUGCCUGUGCCGAGCAGCUCAUCAAGCUGCCUUCACUGAAACAGCUCAACCUCUGGUCCACACAGUUUGGAGAUGCAGGGUUGAGGUUGUUAUCGGAGCAUCUGGCCUGUCUGCAGGUUUUGAACCUGUGUGAGACUCCCGUCACUGAUGCUGGUCUGCUGGCUCUCAGCUCCAUGAAGAGUCUUUGCAGUCUGAAUAUGAACAGUACCAAGCUCACAGCGGACACCUACGAGGACCUCAAGGCCAAACUGCCCAACCUGAAGGAUGUUGAUGUUCGAUACACGGAGGCCUGGUGAUCAAACAUGCACACACACCUCUUAUACAUAUCGGGACACACAUACAAAAAAAAAAACAACAUAUGCAUACAAUGCAGCCAGCCUCAUAUACAUGACAUCGCCACCAAAAGUAGACCAAGAACUGAUUUAACUGCGUCGAAGGACCGCCUGAUGUAACCAGAACAUCUCUAACACUGAGACCUCAUCAGACGUCAUCACCAACCCCCUGUAAUGACAUCAUCACCAGGAAGGAAUCAGCGACACAGUCACCUUUUUUCUAAAUGAGAGAUCUCUCCUGACCUUUGCUCCCCUUACUUCUGUCACAGAUGUUCAAGGACCUACUUUUUACUGAGAUGAAUAGAGAACAUGCAAGGACCCACUCUAUUGUGACAUAAGGGACCCUUAUUUAUCUAUGUCUGCUGUCCUUUGCCCUGUCCUUUAUAAAUGGUUUCUCAGUUUUCAUAUUCUAAGUCCACUCUCUCACGAGUUUGCCCUCCCACCUCUGAGUUCACUCAGACAGUGACAGUUCACUCAGAGCCCUCUCUUUCACUCUCCUGUCCCUGUGAUGAAGGCUGGAUACAACAGCUCACAUUCCAGUUUGUCUCUGAUCAAAAUGUAGCUUUCAAAAAAAAAAGGGACACGUUUAGCUGUUAAUCACUUAACUCUUUUUCUGUUUCAAAUAUCAAAUAUUUCAUUGGGAAUAAUGAGGUCCUACCUCCAUGAAAAGAAGAGUUGUGCCUAACCCUCAUUAUUGAGAAAAAAAAAAAGAGAAAAAAAAAAGAAGGUUUUUAUCAACUUGAAUGAACAUAUUUUUCCAGAUAUCUGUGCUUUCAUAUAAUGUGUGUUUCUAUGUCAAACAGAUAUGAAGAUAAAAUCCCAGUGAUGAGAUUUCACAACCCUUUCAGGAGCUCAGCAGGAAAGUUGAACAGCAAAAUGUGUUCUUUAGUUUUCAGUGAACAUGAUCUUGUAAUACUAUUUAAUAGGACAGUUGUGUAGCAUUAGCUGGGCGGUCUGGGACUGCCUGAUAUUUAUAAUUUAUGUCUUUUAAACCCCCUUACUCUUGUCCUCUGGCUAAAGUCCUGACAGUAAUGAAGAACACAGGUCUUUGUUUUUCUAACAACACAAGAAGCCACUAAAAAAAAAAAAAAAGGCCGCCUGUACAUACAUGGAUCUUUGUGCACCAUGCCACGGUGGCAACAGUGACCUGCAAAGUGAAUUGCAGCAAUUCUAAAGUGGACCUGCAAACAAGACCCAUCACCAGCUGAGAGGUGCAUAUUUUCAUAUCCUCAGCAGAGGGUUUUAUUUUUUUGUUGGAUCUGUUUUUGGAAAGAAGAUAGGACACUUGCCAAACAUCGUCGUUUUUGUUUUGUACACUUGUUUUACGAGGCCAACGUGAGCACAGUUUUGGUACUGAUUGGAGGAAACCCCACGUGACCUGUCUGUGGAGAGAGACACUGAUACUGUAAGGAUCCUAUCUCUGACCUGCUGAGGUCAUAGGCUCGGUGCCUCUAGUCGAACUGUGGAUGAAUCAACUUUUUUUAAUCUGUCGCCACACCUGUUUUUAAGAGUUCUGCUGUAUACAGAUUAACGCCAUAAAAAACAUGGGUGACAUUCUUAGGCUGUAUGGAUGAAUAAUCCUCAUCAAAUUAAUGUACAUAUUAGAUCACAGUGGCGAUAAAGGGACAAAAGAUUGGAAAAAAAGGCACACGUCGCCCAUAUUUGCCCGUCUACAUUCCCUCAAACUGUUGCUUAUUUGUUAUGGCAACAUUUCAUCUGAUGUGGUAACUGCCCUGACACACUGCAAGACUGUCAGACCUCUUUUCCCCUCUCUGUUAAGAUGUGGUUUGGGUUUGUUCGUCUUGUGUCAGAGGCCCUUUAGAAAACACAAGACAAGUCCACCCUUUUCUCCAGUCAGCCUUGCUCUGACUGUAUCCAUCCAUUUUUUUAUUUUUUUAUUUGUGUCCAGAUAGCCCUGGAUGUUUGUUGAAUCGAGGCAGAAGCUGCAGCAGAAGACAGGAUGCCGUCCGCUAUGAGACCCUUUGUUUCCUAUUUAUUGGGUGCCAUGACAGUUUUCUGUUUGGGCUGUGGACUCGGUUCGUAUACGGCCAUCAUUGGGUCUGACUUUAGGACCUUGUGCUCUCUUUCAUAUCCUGUAUGAUGUAUAUACAAGUGUAUAUAGCUGUCUCCUCCCUCCUACCUUUGAACCAUUUUUGAAUCCUUACGCCCUUUUCUGUAUUUUCUCUCAGUUCCCCCUUAUCGGCAGGCUGGUGUUGCCUUCAUCUUACAGUAAUGUGUGUGUGUGUGUGUGUGUGUGUGUGUGUUGUUGUUUUGAUUUAUCUUUUUCCCACACAAAGUGCACUGUAAUCUGACAAAGUGUGUUUUCAUUAUUCUGAUUAAGUUCCUUUCAUUUGAUCGCUUUAAACAUGUGUUUCUUUGUUUUUCUUUGUUUUAUUUUUUUUUGGCAUGUACAUGUGGCUGCGUCAUGUUUUUUUGUAACUUUGUUUUAUAAAAGGUUUGAAAUUUGAUAAGGGGUUUGAUCACUAUCGCAUGAGGUUAAGGACUGAAUUGACAAGAUCCCAUUCAACUUUUGUCUGAUUGGUUGUUGCCAGAAUCUAUCAGUGAGCCUUGGGAGGUCCUAUUGGACGAGGCUGUUAGGAGCUGAUCGAUAACGAUUCUGUAAAAAGGCCAGUUCCAGUGCUGGUUCUUUCAACUAAAGCUGCCCUAUCUGGGAUUUAAGCAUUUAGGACUGACCCGUUUCCAUUUGAGAAAAUGCAAACAUUUCAUAUUUCCUCAAGGAUUGUUGUUCCAACGCUGCCAGAUAAUCAGAACAGAGCUGAACCAACCCGACUGGCCUUUAUCAUUUUGUUUCAUCCCUGAUGUUUACCUUUUGUUUUUCAAUUUGAGGAACACGUUACCUCUUUACUGAGGGAGUCAGAUGAAAAGAUUGAUAUCGUUGUAUUGUCCAUGUGUUUUAAAUGAAGCUAAACUUAGCUUAGCUUAACACGAAGCCCAGAAACUAGGGGCUUGUCUGAUGCUUUCCUGAGGUCAAGAGAGACCUUCCUACACAUAUCACUUAUAACAACAUUAUAUAUCAUUUGUUUAGAUUAAAAAAAAACAAUUUGUUAUGACAGCAAGACUUCAGUUUGUCAGUUCUUGCCUUGAAAUAUAGCCACGCCAAUGAGUGACUCUGUUUCAAGUCUUUAUGCUAAGCUAAGCUAACUAGCUUGCUAAAGCUUCAAACUUGAUGAACAGGCAUUGGAGUGAUAUCAAUCUUCUCAUAAAACUCAGCAUUAAAGCACAUGUUUCCCAAAAUUCAAUCUAUAAAUUCUCAUAAGAUAAUUGGUAAGUCUUGGGGAUCAGCCGUCCUUGAACUCAUCCCCCAGUCGAAUGCCAUGUUGAGCUGCCACUCACCCAGCCAUGGGCCAGCGCGUUGAGGUUCUGAUGGAAGGUGUUUGUCUAACUGUGGAAAAUGUUAAUGGUUGAAUAGAAGCACCUCCUCUUUUCUGUCAUGUCUCCGUAUCCUGUGGAGCUCACUGUGCUUUGCUUUCUAUCCUGACUCCUCCCUCUUGUCUUGAAUCUUUCUGAUGUUUUUUUUUUAUCCCACACAAACUGUAAAGAGUUUCUACCGUGUCCCAGUCAUGUAGAGCCGUGGUCGAGUCUUAACAGUUGUUAUGGAAGGAAAAGGGUCAGAUGCAGCACAACCUGACAUAUCUGACAGACUGAAAACAAAAAAUCGAUUUCCCAUAAGUCCUUGUUCAAUCUGUUUUGGCAGCUGGGAAAGGGGCACCCCAUCAUGUUACUCUCUCUUUUUCAGUCCUUUUCUGCAUUGAUCUGCUUCUCCUGCUGGAUUAUUAUUAUUGCUGCUGCUGCUGCUCUGUGGCUGUUGUAAUAAAAAUACAAAAGAUCUUCAACAGGAAAAUAACAACUAUGAUGUGAAAUAAUUUCAAUUAAAAAUAAACUGUCUGUGAAUAUGUUUCA